AUGGACGAAGAUAUUGUCAACGCGGUCAUGAAGUUGAGGUACGGGUACAAUCCAAUUCGACGCGACGAAGACGACAACUACGGCAAGACCGGCAAGGUAGUGCGCAAAGAAAAAGAAGUCCGCGAAACCGAGCGCAAGCAUCUCACGGGCAACGACGCCAAGGAACUCUACCUGGACUGUCUCCAGAUCAUCUUGCGCAAACAAAUAGCCUGGUUGAUUCGCGAGAAGGGCUUUUCUGACGAGCUCGAGUCUAUCUGUCGCGACCUCUGGGACCUGCGGAUCCGCAAGUUCAUUGGCCUCAAAAGCGUUUCUUCUAGGACUCAAGAAAAAGGGAAAGGAAUCGACCAUGAUGGGACGAGCUCGCAACCUGGUGCGCUCUCUCAGUCGGGCUCCGAUAGCGAGAUGGUCAUGUACAGCUCUCAGGCGGAGACGACGGAUACGUCGGCUGAUGAGAGUGUGAAGAGCCAAAGGAAGAGGAGGUCGAGCAGGGUGAAGGAUUGGGAGAGCGAGCUGUGGGAUUUGCCGGGGCCGAUGGAGGUGUUGGCGCUGAUUUAUAUGGGGUGCUUGCUGAAGCAGGAGCCGGUGAGGGUGGGGGAUAUUUAUCGGUGGGCGAAGAAUAACCAGUUGCCGUUUCUUGGUGCGAUUGACCUUGUACCCAACGAGCUACGAGAACGUUUGCCAGGUUGGGCUCAGCGCACACUAUUAACACGAUGGGCAAAGUUCGACGGAAGCGAGCUGCACAAGUCGUUGUUGACCUUGACCCUAGGUUUUAAGAAGAACUAUGGCAUGGUUUCACCACCACUUCCAGCACCGUCACUACUGGUCCUGUAUCUCAAAGACCUGGCUCUUCCACCCGAGGUCCACCUCCACGCCCGCCAAAUCUGUCUCAUGCUCAACCUCUCCUGGACCUUCCCGACCCGGCAAAACAUCAAAGACGACACGUCCUCCUUCACCGGCAAGACCUCUCGCUACACGCUCCUCGACAUCCCCGAUGUGUUACUGGUCGCCUCUCUGGUGCUAGCAACCAAGUACAUGUACCCCAUGGACGGCGUCAAGCGGUACCCGCGAGACAACAACGAUCCAUUAACGUUGAAGAUGGACUGGGACGCUUGGGAGGCCGAGUUCGUGGAUCCGCCUGAGAAGCCGCUCAGGAGACUGGACUUUGCGGCUAUGGAUGCGGAGAAGAUCUGGAGACUGAGUAAGGAGCAGAUGGUGGAGUAUUUGGAUUGGUAUCAGGAGACGCAGUUGAAAUCGUGGAGCACCGCUGGUAUGUCUGGCUGCUUUUAA